AUGACUGCCACGUUUGACAUUUUCAAGCGUUGCAUGUCUCAUAUGUUCAAGAGUUCAAAGGGUAGUGGCAAGCCUCCUUUGACGCCCAAGAAAAGAAAAGUCUCCACUGCUAAUAUAAUUCUUGUUGAAGAUGAUGAAGAAGAUACUCCUCCAACUCCACUUAAGAAAAAGCAGAAAAAGAAUAAGGCAACAGUUGCCCCUUCCCAAACAAAUAAACAACAAGGUGUCGAAACCAACAUUCUCCCUCCUCUUCCAAAGGAAAUUCUACCCCAGCCCUCUGGUGGCGCAGCACUGGAGCACAUUGGGAGCAAUGCUUCUGACCCUGAGGCUCAACAGGACAAACCUACCACUCCCCUCAUUUCUACCUCCAAUCAGAGUGAUCCUUCGAGCGACAUGAUACCAUCUCCUCUUUCGACAAUCAGCGGUGCUGUCCAAAACAAAGGAUCUUCGACUGGAGCCCAAAAUCUCGAAGCAGAUAACGCCCAUAAUGAACAAGAAACCUCUUCUCCUGGUGAAGAUGGUAAAAGAGAUUCGAAGCACGUUGACGAGAAGGACUCAGCAGAGAAAGAAGACUCUGAGGACACUCCUAGUAAUUCUCCUGCAAGAGUUGCGUUCCCUUCAGAUGAUGCUGAUGAGGAUGAUCAGGAUUAUGAUGAGAUUGAGGGGUAUUUUCAGGAAGAUGAAGACAUGAAUGUGGGAGAAGCUGAUCCUGAAGGAAAUCAAACUGGAACUGGUGAUGCCAGCGUCGACACGGUCCCAAAUCCAAUUAAAUUUCGACCAUCCAUCACCUAG